AUGGCGGAUAGAAUAGGUAAAAUUAAAAAUAAAAAAGUAAGAACUUCGAAAUUUCGUAUACACGGUAUUAAUUUUGUUUUUAAUAUUUUAGGUCUUGAGUUGUCAUUCUUUAGCGGUAUUUAUAGACCUUCAGUUGGAUUUACUGAAAAAAUUCACGAAACGCCCAAAGAAUAUGUGGGUAUAAUCGGGAUUUGCAUAGGUAUAGGUGGAAUGACAGCAGGCACAGUUUUUGGUAUUUUGGGUUCGAAAACUGCACGUUUUGGUCGAAAUCCAAUCGUCAUUACCGCUUACGUUAUACAUUUAGUGGCGUUUUUUUUAAUCUACUUAAAUUUGCCCGACAAUGCGCCAUUUAAGGAAACGGAGGAUGUAUCGUAUAUAGAUCCCCCAAAGAUCUGGCUGGCUUUGUUAUGCGCUCUCAUGUUGGGCUUAGGUGAUGUUUCCUUUAAUACACAAAUUUAUUCCAUGUUGGCCGGUGUUUUUGUUAAACAAUCUGCAGCGGCUUUUGCUAUUUUUAAAUUUACCCAGUCCGUUGCGGCAGCAAUCGCUUUCUUUUACGCAUAUCAUUUGGGCUUAGGUGUCCAAUUAGGAAUUUUGGUAAUGUUUGCAACUUUUGGUACUAUUACCUUUCGCUUCGUGGAACUAAAAUAUAAACAGUUUUUACAACAAAUGCAACAGCAAACGCAGCAACAAAUGCGACAACAAACGCAAAAAAUGCAACAAAAAAGCGAACAGUUAGAAUCAAAAAUUGAAGAGAAAAUAUUGGAAAAUCAACGCAUCCUGCGAACACAUAUAAAUGAAACGUAUCAGCAGUUCGAAGGCAAAGUUAACGUGCUGCAAGAAAAAGUUGAUAAUUUGAUAAGCCAGUUGAAUGCCGUGAAAAGUGAAAUAAAAUCCCAAAAAAAGAAGCGGCUAAGCGGCAAACUAAUGACGUAA